CUCCUGUAUUCCUUUGUAUUUUGGGUCAAAUGUCACUAUAAAUUAACAUAAACUCCGAAUCGGCGGGGCAUUAAAUAUAUAAAAGUUUUGAGUAUUCCUAUUGCAAAUGUUCCGCCAUGGGUGCCAGCAAUAGCAAGCCACAGACAGUGCAGUUGGCCAAUCCCAUCCAGAUUACCCGUGAUGUGGCGGAUCGGAUUAACCAAGCCACAUCCAAAAACGCGAAACUCGGGACAAACACCUGCGAGACUUGUAGGCAGAGGGGCGAGACAGGAGCCAUUGCCAGUACAUUGGAACACAAGGCGAUGGAGGCAGGGGAAGUGCAGGCUGUUAACGUGGCCAAGUCCUGGAAGAAGCGCUCCUCGGAGGCCGAGGAAUCUCAGUUCGAUCAGUCCGUGAAACGAAUUCAGGAGCUCUUCGGCAAGCCAAAGACGUGGUCAACGGAAUGCACAAGCGACAUCAAAAAUCUCGAGGAUGAAGUCAUCCACUGCUACCAACGGUAUCCCAACGAAUCCCUGCAGUGCUCCGAUUUGGCCAAGCAAUAUAAUAGAUUUGUUAUGGUCAGGCAGAACGACGAAAUAGCCAAGAUGAAAACAGAUGAAGCCAAUGAACCUAUUCCGUUUGGGUAACCCAAAGAAAGUAACAUAAAAUUACAAUCAGUCAAGUUGCAUAUAAAAUUCCAUUCGCUCAACGAUUGGUGCGCCAAUGGUUUCAGGGAAAACAUCUCCGCGGCAUUUUUAAAUACUAUAUCUGAAUGUAUAUGUACUUACUGGAUGCUCAAUUCAACCAAAAAUUAGUUGCAUACAGCCUAAA